AUGCUCCAUUCGGUGGUUAGGAGUUGUCGUUCCGGAAUCGUUCGUGCCAUACCGUCAUCAAGCUCUGUUCCAAAUUUAGAUUUUGCUAAACAACGAAAAGAAAGAAGAGAAGAGUACGACCAACAGAAUAGUUACAGCCAUAGGAAAAAGUAUUUUCGAUAUGGAGCCCCUGUUUUGGGUUUGUCAUGGGUAGUUACGAUAAAAGAUCUGUUAGGAAUUGAAAAAGUGCAACUGGACGCUGAUCCUUUGAAAGAGAAAGUUAAACAGUCAUGGCUUGAUCGUAAAUAUGGAAGAUAUACAGAAGCUAUUCAAGUGCUUCAAAUAGCGCUGGAAGAAGCUAUGGAACGUAAAGAGGAGCUUCCCAUCACAAGAGUUUACGACGAAUUGGCCAACACUUUCUAUGAAAUGGGCAAACUAGAAGAAGCCGAGUCUAAUUUCCGAAUUGUUAUGAAAAGGCUUAUCGAUCUCCAUGGCAAGAAGGAUAAAGAUCCCGAGUUUAUUGGGGUGUCUCUGAAGCUAGCCGAUAUCUUUGCUCUAAAAGGAGAUAUCCAAAAUGCUGAAACUGGAUUUAAGCAUUGUGUGCGAAAACAGAUGAUGGUUAUGGAAGAGCAUACCCGAAAGUACUCUGUUGCUCACGGAGCACUUGUUGAGGAUAAACACUUAGUAGAUACGUUAGGCCCUGCUUACACGGAUCCAAUCGCUCUGUUUGGAAUGGCUCUGGAAAACUAUGCUCAUUUUCUGAUUAAAUACUGUGAAGAUGAUAGAACUCGAGAAGCUGAAGAAUACAUGGACGAAGUUAUGAAGAUAUCAUAUCAGAUCUUCGGGGCUAACUCUUUUCAUUCAGUUAAUCUCUUGAAUAACUUUGGCACGGCCCUCAUUCUUCGUAACAGGUUCGAGCUGGCAGCCAAAUAUCUAAAGAUGGGCAUUGAUCGUAUUUUGUAUGUCAACGAGUGUGCAGAUAUGCUUCCGGGAUACUAUUGUAAUUAUGCAGAAGCCCUAUUCCACACAGGUCAAAAGUUGGAAGCCUUAGACUAUGCUAAAAAAGCAGUUACAUUAAGUCGCUCUUCCGAUCAACGCAUACAAGAAUAUUGUAAGAAGUUUUUGAGAGAUCUUGAAAAAGAUACAAGGAAGGGCAAAAGCAAAAGCUGGUGGCUUUUCUAG